GUCCGCCACGCCCGGGCUCCCCGGCCCACUCUUUUAUUUUUAUUUUCCCCUUUUCCCAGGCUGUGGGAAGCGAAGGGUUAAAUCCCAUAGAGCUGAUGCUGACUCCAGGCUAGAGGGGCCCGGGAAGCUGGGGUCACUUCCUGCUCCGUCCCAGUCACCCUGAACUGGUCCCCGGGUCCUCAGCCUGGGAUCACCCCGGAGCCGGACCCCGAGCUCGGGGCGUCGGGCCGCCCCCUCCCCCGGGACCGGGCACUCGGGGGUUCCGUCCCCCCGGGGCUGGAUCCGCCCUCCGGCUGCCUCCCGGACCCCGAGCCGGUCCCCGGAGCCUUCGCAGUCCUGAGCUCUGGGAUGGAGCCAGAGACCGUGCUGUGGGGCCCCGAUCUGGAGGCUCCCGAAGAGAGCCCCGGCGAGGCGCACAGAGACUCCCUUUCUGUCUGUAGGUGCCGAGAGUGGGAAUGAAGAGGAGAGCCCUCAGCGGGAAAGUUCUGGGGAGGAGAUCAUCCUGGGAGAUCCAGCUCCGAAUCCAGAAUCCAAGGACCCACCUGAGAUGCCCCUGGACGGCCCCUCCCAGGACCCCCCAGCCCCCCAGGACUCCCCAGCCCCCUUAGGUUCCUCCAACUCCUUGGACCACCAGACCCCUCGGGACCCCCCAGCCCCAGAGGCAGUCGCUCCCCCAUCCGAGUGGACCAAGGCCUGUGAGGCCAGUUGGCAGUGGGGGACGCUCACCACGUGGAACAGCCCCCCGGUGGUCCCCGCCAGCGAGCCCGGCCUGCGAGAGCUGGUGCAGGGCCGGCCCUCCGGGGCGGAGAAGCCCUACAUCUGCAACGAGUGCGGCAAGAGCUUCAGCCAGUGGUCCAAGCUGCUGCGGCACCAGCGCAUCCACACGGGCGAGCGGCCCAACACGUGCUCCGAGUGCGGCAAGAGCUUCACGCAGAGCUCGCACCUGGUGCAGCACCAGCGCACGCACACGGGCGAGAAGCCCUACAAGUGCCCCGACUGCGGCAAGUGCUUCAGCUGGAGCUCGAACCUGGUGCAGCACCAGCGCACGCACACGGGCGAGAAGCCCUACAAGUGCACCGAGUGCGAGAAGGCGUUCACGCAGAGCACCAACCUCAUCAAGCACCAGCGCUCGCACACCGGCGAGAAGCCCUACAAGUGCGGCGAGUGCCGGCGCGCCUUCUACCGCAGCUCCGACCUCAUCCAGCACCAGGCCACGCACACGGGCGAGAAGCCCUACAAGUGCCCCGAGUGCGGCAAGCGCUUCGGCCAGAACCACAACCUGCUCAAGCACCAGAAGAUCCACGCCGGCGAGAAGCCGUACCGCUGCACCGAGUGCGGCAAGAGCUUCAUCCAGAGCUCGGAGCUCACGCAGCACCAGCGCACGCACACGGGCGAGAAGCCCUACGAGUGCCUCGAGUGCGGCAAGAGCUUCGGCCACAGCUCCACGCUCAUCAAGCACCAGCGCACGCACCUGCGCGAGGACCCGUUCAAGUGCCCCGUGUGCGGCAAGACCUUCACGCUGAGCGCCACGCUGCUGCGCCACCAGCGCACGCACACGGGCGAGCGGCCCUACAAGUGCCCCGAGUGCGGCAAGAGCUUCAGCGUCAGCUCCAACCUCAUCAACCACCAGCGCAUCCACCGCGGCGAGCGGCCCUACAUCUGCGCCGACUGCGGCAAGAGCUUCAUCAUGAGCUCCACGCUCAUCCGCCACCAGCGCAUCCACACCGGCGAGAAGCCCUACAAGUGCUCCGACUGCGGCAAGAGCUUCAUCCGCAGCUCGCACCUCAUCCAGCACCGGCGCACGCACACCGGCGAGAAGCCCUACAAGUGCCCCGAGUGCGGCAAGAGCUUCAGCCAGAGCUCCAACCUCAUCACGCACGUGCGCACGCACAUGGACGAGAACCUGUUCGUGUGCUCCGACUGCGGCAAGGCCUUCCUGGAGGCGCACGAGCUCGAGCAGCACCGCGUGAUCCACGAGCGCGGCAAGACCCCCGCGCGCAGGGCCCAGGGCGACCCCCUGCUGGGCCUCGGGGACCCCGCCCUGCUCACCCCGCCGCCCGGAGCCAAACCCCACAAGUGUCUGGUGUGCGGCAAGGGCUUCAACGACGAGGGCAUCUUCAUGCAGCACCAGCGGAUCCACAUCGGCGAGAACCCCUACAAGAACGCCGACGGCCUCCCCGCGCACCCCGCCCCCAAGCCCCCCCAGCCCCGCACCCCGAGGCUGCCCUUCGGAGGGAAUUCCCACCCCGGGGCGGCCGAGGGCCGGGCGGACCCCAACCCGGGACAGCCCUUGAAGGCGCCCGAGGCUCAGGAAGGCCUGGGCCACAGGCUGGGGGGGCUGCUGGCCUCCAGAUCCUACAUCUGCUCCCACUGCGGCGACAGCUUCCCGGAUCGCGCCGCGCUCCUCCAACACCAGCUCGCCCACGGCGGCGUGGCGCGGACCGGCCCCGGGGAAGGGCCCGGGCCCAGCCCCUUCCUCGGCAGAAAGCCCUUUAAAUGCCCCGAGUGCAAAAAGAGCUUUGGCCUCAGCUCCGAGCUGCUCCAGCACCAGAAAGUCCACGCGGGCCGGAAGUCCCAGAAGAACCCCGAGGUGGGGAAGAGCUCCUCGGUCCUCCUGGAGCACCUCAGGAGCCCGCUGGGGGCCAGGCCCUACAGCUGCUCCGACUGCGGGGCCUCCUUCCUCGAUCGCCUGGCCCUUCUCCGCCACCAGGAAACCCACGCCCAAGACAAGUCCCCCAGGCCCGAGGACCCCCCGCCAGAGCCAGUCAGUCCGUCCUCAGGCCAGGCGGGUGAGGGAGGGGCCCCCGCCCCCGCCCCCGCCGAGAGCAGCGGCCACAGGGAAGGGGGGAGCCCCAAAGCCCCCUUGGGAGAGAAGCCCUAUUUGUGCCCCGAGUGUGGCGACGGCUUCACAGAAGUGGCAGCCCUUCUUCUCCACAGGGGCUGUCACCCAGGCAUCUCCCUGUGAGAUGGGUUUGGAGACCAGGGGCCUCUCUCUAGAGAGAGGAACAGUGGAGUCCCUCCCUCUCCCCCACCCCACCCCACCCCCCAAAAAAAACAAAUACAAGUGGGAAAAGGGAGGCAACCCUAUCUUAUUGUAGAGAAGUGGAAGGGAAAGAACCCUGGGGAAAAUAGUACUUUGACAUCAGUGAUGAGAAAUCCUAUACAAUUGUCCGUGGGAAUCACAUAAGGCCAUAGAGAAAAACUGUUGGGUUAGAAACCCUAUAAAUAUGUAGGAAAAAAAAAGUCCUUUAAGUCUGUAGCAGAAAAACCCUAUAAACCAUAGUGGACAAAAGCCCUCUUACUUGUAGGAAGAGGUCCUAAUAUGUCUCUAGAUGAACCCCGUAAAAUCGUAUACCAAUCCUAUAGGGCCAGGGAGGUGCAGCCGGCAUUGACUGAGAGGGGAGCCCCCAGAGUGCAGAAGGUUACACCCUCCCUCCACUUGCUCCAGUUCCUCUCCCAUGGAGGUGCAGGGGAGCCCCUCUCUUCCAGCAACCUUGGACACAUACUGAAGACAAAGCUGGAGAAUAGUGUGGGAAUGGGUGGAGCUGGACAAGGAAGAGAAAAAGGAGAAAAGCAAUGAGCUUCCAAGCCCACAGAGGAGAUAAAACAGCGACCAGGAAAGGGCUAACUCAGCCCGUUACACUGGGGGUUCUUUGGGGGGUAAAAGAGGUUAAUCUUAGGUGAAUUGUGUGUGGGGAAGAGACCCAUGGAAUCUGAGAAUCCACAAGAGCCCAAAAAUUGGGAAGUGAGACAGUUGAUGUCAAGCCUUUUUAAAGGCUGAAGUUUGGAAUACAUUAAAAAGAAACGGAGUGUAGGAAUACUGGAAAA